AUGGACGCUGCCGAACCCACCAACGUUGCGGGUGAAGAAGCCCCGACUGCUUCGUCCGCGUCUGUACCCGCUCCUCCCGUCUCCGUUCCCUCUCACCAGCCGGAGCAGCAAAAGCAAGGACAACAGCCGAUCCAAGAUGCACGGCCCAGCACCGAUAACAGGCCGCCACCUCUGCAGCCGCCGCCUCUGCAGCCGCCGCCUGCUGCUUCGGCCGCAGCUCCUCCGGCUGCCGCGCCCCAGCGUCGCCCGCACAUCGCCCCACGAGAUAAAUUUAACUACCAAUCUCUGGGAGCAUCUCUCAACUCAUCUGUGAAGCAGGCACGGGUGCUCAUGGUCGGCGCCGGCGGCAUCGGCUGCGAGCUGCUCAAGAACCUCGUCCUCACGGGCUUCGGCGAAAUCCACAUUGUCGACCUCGACACGAUCGACCUGUCCAACCUCAACCGCCAGUUCCUGUUCCGACACGAGCACAUCAAGAAAUCCAAGGCCCACGUUGCCAAGGAAGCGGCGCAAAAGUUCAACCCAAAGGUGCAGAUUAUCGCCCACCAUGCCAACAUCAAAGAUUCGCAGUUCAACGUCUCCUGGUUCCGCGGAUUCAGGCUCGUCUUCAACGCGCUCGACAACCUCGAGGCCAGGCGUCACGUCAACAAGAUGUGCCUCGCCGCCGACGUGCCCCUCGUCGAGAGCGGAACCACGGGCUUCAACGGCCAGGUCCAGGUCAUCAAGAAGGGUGUGACUGCCUGCUACGACUGCAGCCCCAAGGAGGCACCCAAGUCUUUCCCCGUCUGCACCAUUCGCAGCACGCCUAGCCAGCCCAUACACUGCAUCGUCUGGGCCAAGAGCUACCUUCUCAACGAGAUUUUCGGCACAAGCGAGGACCAGGCCGUGUUUGAUCACUCAGAGGACUCCGACAAUGCCGACGAGAUUGAAGAGUUGAAGAGGGAGUCGCAAGCUCUCAAGACGAUCCGCGAGGCCGUAGGCACACCCGAAUUCCCCCGAAUGCUAUUCGACAAGGUCUUCAACUCGGACAUUGAACGCCUGCGCUCCGUCGAAGGCAUGUGGAAGUCGCGAAAGGCCCCGGAGCCACUGAGCUACGAGACAGUCCUGUCGCAGGCCAAAGAAGCUGCGGACGCCAAGCAGACCGUCUUGGCUGACGACCAGAAGGUGUGGGACCUGGAGGAGAACCUCGUCGUCUUCAACGACAGCCUGGAGCGGCUGAGCGCGCGUCUGCUCGAGCUCGAGAAGAACGGAGAGGCCAACAAGGACUCGCCGAAUGCGCCCGGACCCGUCAUCGCCUUCGACAAGGAUGACCAGGAUACGCUCGACUUUGUCGUGGCGAGUGCAAAUAUCCGCUCUACUAUAUUCGGCAUCGAACGCAAGUCGCGGUUCGACACCAAGCAGAUGGCCGGAAAUAUCAUCCCAGCCAUCGCCACCACCAAUGCCAUCGUCGCUGGCCUCUGCGUCCUGCAGGCGUUCAAGGUGCUCAAGGGGGAGUACUCGCAGGCUAAGGAGGUCUUUUUGACGCCGUUUGUGCCGGCAAGGCUUCUCGCCCCUGACCGGUCACGAGAGCCGAACCCCGACUGCCCAGUCUGCAGCGUCUACAACACCACUGUCACGGUUGACCCGACACGGACCACGCUCAACGACAUUGUCGAGGAUUUCCUCAAGGAGCACUUGGGUCUGGGAGAGAAGGAUUUUGUCCUGAACAACGAUGUUGGUGUCAUCUAUGACCCCGACGAGACGGACAAUCUCCCCAAGAAGCUAUCUGAGCUUAAUAUCAGCGGCGGCAGCUUCUUGACAGUGAUCGACGACGACGACGAAGACACUUGGGUGAACAUUGUUGUCAGCGUCGAGGAAGGAUCGUUCGGCGACGACGAGAAGCCAUUGAGGUCAGCAAGCCCACAACAUCCGGACGUGCCGCGCAAGCCCAAGAAGGCGGCGCCACCUGCACCGGUAGAAGCCAACGGCCGUUCCGAGGUUCAGAAGAACGGCGACAGCGAAGUCGUGACAAUCAUUGAGGAUGAAGUGCCUGCCAAAGGUGCCAAGCGAUCUCAUCCUGGUGAGGAUAGCGAGCAGUCAUCCAAGAAGGCGAAGAGGGUCAAGGCGGGAGGUGACGAUGAUGACGUGGUGGCCAUCGAAGAUGGUGGUGCCAUCGUGAUUGGUGAUGACUGA